AUGACACCCGCCACCAUCCUCCGUGUUGCUCGUUGUCCGGCCUGCAGUAUCUCAGCCCUGCGUCCGUACAUCAGCAACUUCGCAGUGCCCCCUGCCCGCGUAUCUGUGGCGACAUUCAGAAGCCAAUUUCUCGCUCCAACAACUGCCACGGCAUUCUCAACCUUCCGGCCUACACCAUGUCGCCUGGGCAGUCCCUCGAUCACGGAGCAAAGAGUUGAGGAGGAGCAGAGCAACGACGAGCAAAAACCAAACGCCGAAGCAUCUUCAGAGUCAGGUGGCUCUGAAGUACCGUGGUAUUUACAGGUCGAGCCCCCGAGACACCCGACUCUCGUCCACGAACCUUCGCCGCUGCCCGACAUCCCCGACGACUCACCCAAACUUAUGGAGCCGCUACUCAAGUUCGUGGCGGAUGAGCUGGGCUUGGACGACUUGGCGCUGCUCGACCUGCGGGAGAUGGACCCCCCUCCGGCAUUGGGCCCCAACCUGAUGAUGCUCUUUGGGACAUCCCGUAGCGAGCGCCAUCUUCACGUGUCGGCAGAUCGCACGGUUCGGUGGCUGCGUGGGCGUGGCAUCGUGGCCGUAGCCGAUGGCCUCCUUGGGCGGAACGAGCUGAAGGUCAAACUCAGGCGUCUUGCGCGCAAGGCAAAGCUGCUUGGAAACUCCGGGGUCAUGCGCGGCGGCGAUGAUGGUAUCAGCACGGGGUGGGUCUGCGUCAACCUCGGCGUUGUGGGGGGGUCAACCCAGGAAGUUGAGAUGUUCGACGCGGAAGGCAGGUCGACGGGUUUCGGUGUGCCACAAACGGGCACCACCAUCGUUAUUCAGAUGCUCACCGAGUCGAGGAGGAAAGAUUUGGAUUUGGAGGGGUUAUGGGGUGGUAUGUUGCAGAGGAGCCUGGAGAAAGCACAGGGAUUGCCGGCCCUCGGUGCUCGGCGAACUACGCCGUUGAGGGCGACAACCUAG